AUGUCUCCCUACACCUCCUUCGCAGUUGCAGGCGCAGGCCCCACAAUCGGUGGCCGUAUCGUGAAGGCUUUGGUUGAGCAAGGCGCUUCAGUAGUUGCUCUUCUUCGACCGUCGAGUGCAUCGAUAUCGAGCCCACUUCUCGAGGGCGCUAAGAUUGCCACGGCUGACUAUGCUGACGUCAAAGCAGUCGCCUCCAUUCUCCGCGAGAAUAAAACGCAGGUCGUCAUUUCUGCAUUGGCAUAUGGCGCGUUGUCUUCGCAGUCUACUCUCGCAGAUGCUGCCAAGGAAGCCGGUGUCAAACUUUUUGUUCCAUCUGAGUUUGGUAUGCCUACAGAGGGAGGGAAGGCUGCUCACACGGUCACCAAAUCACAAUUUGCUGACUAUUUGAAGUCAUCGGGCAUUCCUUCAUUGCGUAUAUACACCGGGAUGUUCAUGGAGUUCAUUCCACAGUUCACUGGAGUUGAUCUCGGGAAGUUCUUGGUUCUGGGCAAGGGUGAUGCAUCAUUUUCUACCACUGCCUUGGAUGACGUUGCAGGUUUUACCGCUCACGUUCUUACAACACUCCCGCCGGCCAAACUCCAUGAUGCUUCGUUCCGCGUCGAGGGAGAACGCACAUCCUUCAAUAAACAUGUCACCUCCCUUCCCGAAGGAUACGUCAAGCAGACUCUUUUGCAAGGCUUAUUUGAGCAGGGCCGGGGCAGCUCCGGUUGGGACAACUACGCCGACAAGGACGUCCCGGAGAACGCUAAUAGCGGUAAUGCAGCCUGGCCUGGGCACCAAUGGAAGACUGUCAAGGAGGUGUUGGAAUUGUAG